AUGGCUCACAGAUGGCAAGUCCUGCUGGCCCUUCUUGCCCCGCUGCUGCUGGGCCCCGGCGCUCUCGCCGCCGCGCGGCUGCCCGCCGCCCCCGCCGCAGCCGCGCCCCGCCGCCUGCGGCUGUCUGCUCCUCAGCCCGCAAUCCCUGGUAUGCCCGCACUGGGCAACAUCCUCAGCGCCGCCGGCCUCGGCAACCUCGGGAGCACGCUGCAGCUCGGCGGCGCGCGCGGCGCGCCGUCCUUCAGCGCGAAGGGCGGCGCCGCGCCCUCGCUGCAGCUGGCCGCCGGCGGCCGCGGCGGCCCCCGGGUCACGGUGGCCGGCGGCAAGCUGCCCGUGGUGCAGGUGGCCAGCGGGCGCCCUGGCGGGGAGGUGACGGUGAUCGGCGGCAACACCCCGCUGACAAAUGUCGGGGGCCGCACUGCGGUGCAGAGAAACUCAAACAGCGUCAGCCGCGGCGGUGUGACGCUGGUCGGGGGCCCCACUGGCCCCGUGCUCAACCAGGGCGGGACCACGUUUGUGGACCGCCGCGGCAGGCGGCGACGCCUGGCGCGGGUGGGCGCCGACGCUUGA